UAUUAGUCUAUUUUGGUGCUUGUGCUAGUCAACAACAACAACAGUCUUUGUUGCAGGUACACGUGAAUAUAAUUUGUCUGUUUUGAGACAUAUUCAAAAAAUAUGUUAAACCACAACUUCUCUCAGACUAUGUUGAACCACAACUCUCAGACUAAACACAACUCUCACACCUUCAACAACUUGAAUCACAAAGCCUCAACAACUCUCACACCUUCAGCAACUUCAAUCACAGAACCUCUCUUAAGAACUCUCACAGAGACUGAAACUCUCAUACAUAUUUAGCAGCAAAACAUUGCUCCUCUCACUCUCAUACAAUCUCAGCAGUACAUUUGCACAUCAUUAUGUCAAGUUCACAAUCUUUGAAGAAUAUUGACAUAAAUGUAUACUUCGGUGGACCCCUUUACAAUCCUGAAGGGAUUGACGGAUUUCCAUUUAGAGGGGAGGGUAUUGAAUGCUACUACAUGAUGUUACGUCGUAAGUUGAAGACGUUGACUGAUUUGAAGAGGAAAAUAAUGGACGAAUUGAAAUUGAACCCUGCUUGGUAUGACAUCAAGAUUAUUUAUCGUUACCCACAAGAAGUUCUUCAUGAACGGAUAAAUUACGGGUAUAUGGCGAUUAAAGAAGAUAAACAUGUAAAGAUGAUGUUUAAUAGGAUCCAGAAAAUGUCCCAAGUAAAUGCUGCUGAGUUGUAUGUAAGUUUGGAGGCGAGUGUAGACAACAGUACUGAGGUGGUGCAAGAAACAUCUACGGCUUUACAAUUUACAACCCUAGAUAAUGGAUGCACUACAAUGGGAGGGUAUGCAAUGGGAGGUUAUACGCUCCCAUCUCAAGAUUAUGUUGCAAAUACUGGUGAAACCCUCUACUCUCAAGAGACACAUUUAGAGGAGGAAGACGAAGACGAAGACGAAGAUCAUGCUGCGAAUGAUAACAUAAAUAAUGAUGAUAUGGAUCAGUACGAAGAGAGGAUUGAGCAAGGUGACUUUGAGAACGAUGUGGAUGAGCAUGAAGUCGUUCCUAAUUUUGAAGAGGAAAAUAUGGAGUACCAUGAUGAAGGUGAUGCAGAUGAUGAUGAUAUUGGUGUCCAGCAUGAUACAGAUACGACCGUUGGCUACAGAGCUCCUGCGGACUCAUUCUACGCAAAUACUUGGGAAGAUAUGGUUGAUCCUUCACUUCUUCAGAUACCAUUUCUUUGUACUUGGCAAGAUGGGAUGCAUUUUUGUAAAGGGUUGACUUUUGCAAAUAAAGCUGCGGUGAAGCGUGCAUUGAUAAUAUACGCAGCAAAGGAUAAUAGAAAUUUCUCCAUCCAAAGGUCGAGCACAACUCAAUUGUGCGCCGCAUGUGUUGACGACAACUGCAAGUGGUACGUUGGGGCAUACAUGAAGUCUAAAUUGAAUGGUCUGUGGAUGGUCACGUCUUAUGUGGGUCCACACAGUUGUAUACCCUUUGGGCUGCGAAGAGACGGUAGAAUGAUGGAUUCUAAUUUUGUUGCAUCAGAAAUUGUGGGAAGAUUGCGAAAAAAGCACACUGCUACUAUUGAUGAGCUUUGGGAGAUCAUACGUACUAAGUAUGAUCAUGAGCUUUCUUACUAUAAAGUAUGGGACGCAAAACAGAAGGCAAUUGCUAAGAUUUUUGGGGAUUGGGAGGAGUCUUACCAAAGGUUGCGAAAGUUGUUGUUGGCAUACUUGGAUCAGGAUUCGGGUACCCAGUAUAGCUAUCACACCAUACCUAAGCCAUUAGAAGGUACUACGUUACUGCGCUAUGUAUAUUGGGCAUUCGCUCCAUGCAUUGCUGCAUUCCAGUAUUGCAGGCCAGUGAUCAGUAUUGAUGGAACUCAUUUAUAUGGUAAAUACAAAGGGGUAUUGAUGAUUGCAAUGGCAACGGAUGCUAAUCAAAAGGUUUUGCCUAUCGCCUUUGCUGUUGUGGAUAAGGAGUCAGGGGCUAGUUGGGGGUGGUUUUUAGAGUGUCUCAGGACUUCGAUAGAGCGUGUUAUUGAAAACAAGGACAUUUGCAUUAUUUCUGACCGACAUAAAGGUAUCAAAUGCGCCAUUCGAGAGUGGCCUAGAGGGCAAGACGGAAGAGAACAGGUAUAUCAUCGAUAUUGCCUUCGACAUGUUGCUAGCAACUUCAACACACACUUUGAUAACCCGACUCUAAAGGCAUUGGCCUUGAAAGCUGGAUAUGCGACUCAUGAUGCUAAAUUUGUGUCCAUAAUGCAAACCAUUAAAGAGGCCGAGAUUAAUUUACUGAGGGGUGUAGACCCUACUGAUCGCCGGAUUAUACGUUAUAUGCCAUACACAUAUCUAAUGAGUGAGGAUGUAGACAAAUGGACCCAGUCACAUGAUGGUGGAAGACGUUACGGGGCAAUGACAACCAAUAUCUCUGAGUGCUUUAAUGGGGUUCUUAAAGGUGCCCGCGGUUUGCCCAUUGCUGCAAUGGUUGAGUUCACUUUUUUUAAACUUGUUGCAUAUUUCCACGAUCGACAUAAACAAAUUACUUCUGAUCUCUCUCGAGGUAAGGUGUGGAGUGAUUAUGCAAUGGAGAUCUAUAACAAAAAUGAGCAGAAAAUUGCAGGACACACUCUGAGGAAUUAUAAUCAUGCAGAGGAUAUAUAUCAAGUGGUUACCCCGUAUAACGACCAUAGAGCUGGAGGGGGAAAUCACAGUCAUGAUGUGCGCAUAUUUGAUAGAACAUGUGGUUGUGGAAAGUGGCAAAACUUGAAGAUCCCUUGUUCACAUGCAAUUAAAGUUCUUAAAGGUCUGCAUCUCGAUGCGCCCAGCUAUAUUGACCCAUGUUACAGUCUGAACAACGCCAUUCUCACAUAUUCACAUAAUUUUGUGGUGCCAAAGUCAGAGUCAUUAUGGACAGACGUUCGCGGACCACGGUGGGUGCCUGACCCACAAUUGUUGCGGGCCAAAGGUCGUCCUACGAUGUCAAGAAUAAGGAAUGAAAUGGAUGGGGUACGGCGAGAACGGGGAAGCCGGAGGGAAGAUCCGGAGUUGAGGGAGAUUCAACCGAGGCAACGAUGUAGAAUGUGUCAUCAAGAGGGGCAUAACCGUAGAUGCUGUCCCAAUUCCCAUGGGGCUUCGACAAGUGGUAGUGCUAUGAACUAG